UUCAUUUCUAACAAUGACUCCAAUUAUUCUGAAAACUAAGGCAUUUAGUUGCCAGUUAAAGCCGGAAUAAUUUUUCUUACAGUCAUACCACCUUCAUGCUUAUGUGCCAAACAAUUCAGUUCAAAUUUUAAUUUAGCUUGAGUAUUUAUUGACUGCCUGCUCUAUUCCUAUAACAAGUAUUACAUUCAAGAGUACGAAGGGAAAAAAAGCAAGCUCCUCUGAUUAUUUAAAGCCUUUACCUAUGGAAAAAUACUGAUUGCAAAUUAACAGAUCUAUGUCAUCAUGUUUUCAGCAUGGCGGGAGGGAGAAGUGGCCUGAAGGUCCAGCAUCAGGCCAUCAAAGGACAGGCACAUUUACAGUAAGAGUCUCAAUUUCCAAAGUCCCCAGGGAAGGCUGGUAGCCAGUGUUGCCGAAGACACCGGCUGACAUCACUUGUUCGAAUGAUAGGAACGUCUAUGGCCUGACUGCGUUAACCUCUCGGUUCCCUGCUCCCGCCACGUGAGGUAUCCUAAUAUGGUCAGACUCCGGAGGAGCCAAGGAGCGUUUGCCUUUUUCCUGCUAAUGGGAAGGAGGCAGGAACGAACGCUUAGAGGCAAACGCAAUCUGCAGGAGAGCAAACGGGGAUUUGGGCCCGCUUCUGGGCCAGUUCACAGUCAGCUGCCGCAGGAGCCCUACCUUGGGAGUUUGCCGCGAGCGCGUCUCCUUCAUUCGCAGUCCGGGCGCGUUCGGAGAAGCAGCGUGGGGGCGGAGGGCGCUCUCGGGACCUCGCGGGGGCGCGGUUCUCGCUCUGCCCCUCGUCCCUGCGGUUUGGGAAGACGUGACCCGGCGGCUGGGCGCGGGAGAAGCGCAGAGCAGCCAUGGGCGCGGGGAACUCCACCGAGCAGCGCAGCCCGGAGCAGCCGGAGGCGGGGAGCGGGACGCCGGCCGAGCCCCAGCCCAUCGCCGUAGGCCCUGCGACGGAGGCGGCGCCCGGCACGCCGGGGGACCCGGCCAUCGCCGCCGCGGACCCCCAGACCAAGCCAGGCGAACCGGCAACCCGUGGUUUCCCGCCGCGUGGCGCCCGUGGUACCAGCUGUGCCUGGAGAGACCUGGUUUGGUACCCAGUUCUACGCCUACGGCUCGAGCAGACACCGCCUUCGUGAUGCAGAGAAAGUCGAGGGUGUAGCUCGCUCGGAGUCAAAGGAAACCUGGGCAGACGCUACAUUUCCAAAAGGCAUGACAGGCCUCCCAGACAAGGCGUCUUCCUUUUCACUGCCUAUCGACUCAGUUGGGUAAACAAAUUAUGGAGUAGUUAGAAGUUCUUCAAGGAUGCUGUCAGAGGCAGAAGCGAGCCUUCCCAGUACUCUGGACUAUGGAGGCAGUGCUGAGCCUCCCAGAAAUCUUGCAUUUUAUAGUCUUUAGUCUUCAAGGCUGAAAUAUUUUUUCUUGACACUGCAGCUGCCAAGACCAACUUGUUCCCAUUGUUGGGUUUUAGAUCUAUUUUCCAGCAUGUGUAUUCGUCAGCAAGGCAUCAAGGUGGUGGAUAACCACAUUUAAUAUUGAAAAAAAAGCCCAUAUGUUGAAUUUGAGGAUAUAGAGUAUUGUGAGGUCCUUUAGUAAGAGUUAUCUCGGGAUGUAUAGAUGUUUAUAGUGUGAAAAAUAAAUGGAAAUCUAGGUAAAUUCUACAGAACUGUGACCUCAUUGCUGUGAUCUCUUGAGCUGUCCUGGUCUAGUUUGGUCUGAGAGAGACUGUCCUUAACUAGUUUGCCUUCAGUCUUCAACUUAGAAGUACAUGGAAAACCCGUGGUCCCUAGAAGAGGUGGUUAAGUGUUUAGUCUAAGGAAUGUACAAGAUAGACCUCUGGAGGCCUAUACUUAACCGUACAUCACUUUUUGAUGCCAACUACUUUCAAAAUGGCUGCAUAACCAGCACUUAUAGUCCAGUCAUAAAAAAUUUAAAAAAAAGCUUGAAAUCCGGGACAUGUUUUUCCUUGCCUUUUACUGCACUCAGGUCUUAAUAAUUCACACUGAAGUGCUGUACUUUUAACCUCUUUUUAAUA